UAUCAGUUUUAUUAAACACAUAUUUUUCCAAUGGACUUCUCUACUGUCCUCCCCUUUUCCCGGCCAUCUUUUUCCACGUCAGCAACCCAAGCUCAACCGUUUAAGCCAUGGAAUCACAGAACUUCACUGCCCACACGAUCUCUGUGUCACAAGAUGUAUGUCCCCGGAUAUGGAGUAUCACCUGAAAAGAGAGCAGCAAAUCACCUUCACGAUUUCUUCAAUUUCAUUGCUGUUAAAAUCGUGGUCGCGCAGCUUCAGAGGUACAACCGUGAGGCAUACCAGGAGCUGAUGGAGUUUCUGGAGAGAAACUCUUUGAAUGAUGGGGACAAGUUCUGUGAAAAGCUGAUGCGAGAAUCACCACGACACAAAAAAUUAGCUUUACGCAUAAUGGAGGUUCGAUCAGCAUACUGUAAGGAUGAUUUUGAAUGGGAACACUUGUCGAGCCUAUCCUCUAAGAUGAUGAAUGAAUAUAAUACAAGACUUAUGAGGGACUAUGUAUUGGAAACUAGCUGCUUGGAGCAAGGAAAGUGAGUCAGAAUUCAGAAAGUUAUGUGGCUCUGUAUUUGUGUUUUACUGUGAUAUAAUUACUGAUAGGAAGGAAAGAUACAUGUUUUUCUGUUACAACAAUACAACACUGCUAUAAAUAAGAUGGCCAUAGGAUCUUACAUUCAUUUUUGA